AUGUCGGACGACGAAGCCGACCCUGAGCUCCUCGAGCUCCUCCGCCAAUCCCUAGGCCUAGGCAAGAAGAAAGGCAACGAAGCCCCAGAGACAAAGGUGCUCCAAAACGCCCGGUGGAUAUUCGACAAUUCCAUCGACGUAGCCCUAGAUCCGCGACAGACCAAAGCCGCGGCGGAGACUAUAUGGCAACAAAUCCAGCAGAAGCAGUACUCUACAUCGACAUGGUCUGAGCAUGAAUUGCACCCCAAGGCCAAGGAUGAGAGUACCGUGGAUUUUAUAUUUACCAUGGAUUUGCUGAAUUUUAGCUUUUGGUCGGAGGAGAAGGAGGAAAGUAAGAGGUUUGGGAUUGAUUAUCACGGCCGCAAGUGGACGGGGUAUUGGAGUUUGGUCGCUGCUUUGCAGAGAGCUUUGGAUGACGGUAUUCCGAUCACGAGCCCGGACUUCUGGCUGAACGAGGAAGAGUUCACAGAAGACUUGCUCCGACACGUCUUUCGCUCCACCUCGGAUGAAGAGAUUCCGUUGAUCAAGGAGCGCUUCCACUGUAUGCGAGAAGCAGGUCAGAUCCUGGAUGAAAAGUUCGACGGCAGUUUUAUCAACUGCAUCUAUGACGCCAAUAAAUCCGCAGCAGCUCUUGUGAAUCUCCUAGCGGAUGAAUUCCCAUGCUUCCGCGACGAGGGAAACUUUGAUGGCCGUACAGUACGUUUCUACAAACGUGCUCAGAUUCUUGUGGCUGAUCUAUGGGCUUGCUUUGAUGGCGAGUCUUAUGGCGAGUUCAACGACAUAGAGAAAAUCACCAUGUUUGCCGAUUACCGAAUCCCACAAAUGCUCUAUCACUUCGGCUGUCUCCUCUACUCUCCACCAUUGGAGAGCCAUAUCCGCAGUCGCAAACCCAUCAAAUCGGGCUCGAAGUGGGAAAUGGAGCUUCGGGGCACUUCUAUCUGGUGCGUGGAACUGAUCAGACAGGAGAUUGAGCGUAAACAUCCGGAAACACGAUUGGUGUAUUCUACGGGGAACUCGUCGACGUUUGAAGUCAAUAUCGAUGAGAAACAAGACAAGAAUGUUGUGGAAAUAACAACCGAAACACAAGAACCUGAAGUGAAAAAAGAUACUACAGAGGAAGCGACCAAGGAGUCGCAAGAUAAUGGGGAGAACGAAGAAAUUGCAGAAAAACUGGCUGAAGAGCCCCGGGUUAUUGUUGAGAAAGAAGAACCGAAGACCACUACAACAACAAAAUCAAGCACACCAAAACUGAAAACCAUCGGCAUAAACGCCAUCUUGAUCGACUUUUUCUUAUACGACACAAUGAAAGAACUGGAGAGUGAUGGUCAGGAAACUAUUCCGCAUCACCGGACGAGGAGUAUUUGGUAUUAG